ACAGCAAUCUGCUGCACGGCAGAGUCGUGGGAGGACGAUUUCAGGUGGGAGGUUGGUCGGCUGUAACUGACCUGAAGCUGAACUGUGGAGGGGCGCUGGAUGGGAUGUUGCUGUCUACUGUAUAUUUUUGUUCAUUGGAGAUAAUCUGCCUUUAGUUAAAAAUGGCUAGCACAAUGGUAGCGGUUGGCCUAACAGUUGCGGCUGCAGCGUUUGCAGGACGGUAUGUUGUUCACGCUAUGAAGCAUGUAGAACCUGCUUUGAAAAAAACUAUUCAGAAUCUGCCGAAGUCGGCUUUCAGUGGAUACUAUAGGGGUGGAUUUGAAGCCAAAAUGACAAAGAGAGAGGCAGCUCUCAUUUUGGGAGUGAGCCCCACAGCUAACAAGAUUAAGAUCCGGGAAGCACAUAGGAGGAUCAUGGUACUCAACCACCCAGAUAAAGGUGGAUCUCCUUAUCUUGCAUCCAAAAUCAAUGAAGCUAAAGAUUUACUGGAUUCUCAGAACAAAAAGUGAUCUCGUCUGAAAGUGGCAAACUAUAAUCACUUUUCAAAAAGGAAAGUUUGUUAUUCAGAGGUUUAAACUUCAUGUAAUCACUCUCAAUAAAUCAUAAGCUAAUUGUAUUGUUAUUUAAGAAAUCUUUUGCAGAAGUAGGAUUCUGUAUUAGGACAAAGUUUUGACCUCCUAACAGCAAGGCAUCAUCUGUGUUUCAUGUUUAAAAUAGCAACAUGACAAAACCAUUAUGGCAAUAACUGAUUUUCCUAUUUCCACUACUAGGUACUGAAAAGGUGGCCAUUUCUAGAAGUAUAUGCAAGAGAGUAUGAGCUUAAAAAAAAUGACAAGGGGAUUGAAUUACUUUGUUCUUUAGACUAGUUGCUGCAACAGGCUAGAGGAAGUACCAGGGCACAUUUUCUUAGAAUGGGUUUUGUUGAUGCACUCUCUCCAAAAAGGUGAAAUUAUACAUGAUUUGCCAUAGUAAUUGAUAUCAAAAUUACAUACUCUCCAAUUAUCUCAAAGGGUUAAAUGCAAGAUAGCACAUCUGAGAAUACAAUGAAUUAGCAAAGAAACUUGAAGUACUAUAUAUGUUCUUUGCUUCAUUGUUUAGAAGAGUGGUGGUAAUAAAAUUGCUUUUUAUAUUA